AGGAGCGCCACUAGGUUUUCGUCUACUGGCCUCAGAAAUGGGCUCGACUCAUCAGCCCUGAUUUCUACAAAAUAUUAUUCUAAUAUUAAGUGUUCUUAAAGCUUAAGGCACUCGAGGCAUAUCCACAAUGAUAUUUGGAGGUGAGGUGGUCGACAAGGUCAGCUGGAGGUUCUCAGAGCUGGUUCCUGUGGUGCUGACUGCCUGGCCGGCAGGCUCCUAUCCCAGUGCUGCACAGUAAACCUCUUGCUUCCAGAUAACACCACGCGGCACUGCCAUGAAGCCGGCUCACGAGCGCAACCAGGAGUGCCUGCCUCCCAAGAAGAGGGAUCUCAACAGCAGCACCAGUAGUAGUAGUGGGGCAGGAGGCGGAAUGGGGGGAUGUGGCGGUGGCGGAGGAGGAGGCGGGGAAGAGGUGGCCUCCGUUCAAAGCUCAGGGGUCAGUGGUGACAGUCAGGGUGGAGGCCCAGCAGUGGAGUGGCUACGUGCUCAGCCCGGCCUCCACUAUGGAGUUGAGAGUGCUGAGGGGAUCCAAGGGCUGCCUGUUGACCAGUACAGCAUGCUCUAUAAGGUGGCCCUCCCGUCUGUCUCUUACUCCCAGGCCAGUCUGCAUCCAGUGUUAAGCCACAUCUCUUCUGCUUACACGGUCCCCUCGUCCCUGCUACAGCAUCCAGGUCUCCCCUAUCCCCCCCUUGGCUACGCUCAGAUCCCCCACUCCUCUUUCCAGUUUGUCACCUCCCCGUACGGUGCGGUCCCUUAUGCAGUCUCCCCUGGCUUCGUCCCCAGCACCAUGAUUUCCCCCUCAGGUACCCUCUCCCAACCCCACCUGGUCCCCUACCAGUCAGUCAUCCAGGAGGGGGUGGUCUCCCCUCCUCCCCAGGCCCAGGUAUCUGCCCAUGCCUUUGCCAAAGUGGGAUCGUCCGGAGGGGUCCCGAUGAUGCUGACCUCAGAACCAGUGGCCCAGCACCAGCAGCACCUGAGUGUGCUGCCCACCACGGAGCUCAGUCCCCGGGGUGUUCCAGUGUUCUACCACCCUCAGGGCACCAGGGCCGUGCCUCCCCCCAGGGACCCCUACACCGGGCAGCAGGAGACGGACAGGGAGGUGAACGGUGGGGAGAGGGAGCACUCCAGGGAGAUGCUCCAGGAGUCGGUCUACAUGAACAGGAACGCACGGCCCCUGCAGACCGCAUCGGCCUCUGUGAUGCAGGAGCAGGCUCAGGACAGGAGCCUGAAGAGCCGCCGGCUGGACGAGAGGGCUUCGCCGGGGCAGCGCAGCACCCCAGACACGGACCUAGAGGUUCAGCAGGUGGUUGGUCGCCUAGCCUCUCCCAUCCAAGGCGGCGGCCGUAAAGAGGUAUCCUUUGGUCCCCUGAACCUAUCCCAGGGCUCCCAGAGAGGCAGAGAGGCUCAUGGGGAGGCGGGGGGUAGGACGUCGUAUGCAGUCCACCCUGCGGUGUACGGAGACCCCAGAGCUCCUCCCCAUCAGCAGCAGGCAGGCCAGCCGGGCCACGCCGUCUUCUUGGCCAACGGACAGCCAGUCCUGGUCCCUUUGGACUACCCCCACCAUCAGCUGCCCCCUCACCACUACCCCGGCCAGCCCAACGACACGCCGCCCCCGGUCACCAUGACCUCCCCAACGCCCCACUCCAAACCCCCGGAACAUCCGGCCAGAGCGUGCCUCCCGGACAGGGCCGUGGCGGAGCUGGCCCCCGUGCAGCACCCGGCGCCCUCCAACCCCUCCCACUUCAUGAAGGGCGCCAUCAUCCAGCUGGCCACAGGGGAGCUGAAGCGUGUGGAGGACCUGCAGACUCAGGACUUUGUGCGGAGCGCUGAGGUGAGCGGCGGACUGAAGAUCGACUCCAGCAUGGUGGUGGACAUCAGGGCCAUUCAGCAGCGGCCCGGCCUGGUGGCGCUGCACUUCACGGUGGGCGAGCAGCAGAGCAAGGUGACCAUCGACGUGCCCCUGGAGCACCCUUUCUUUGUGUUCGGCCAGGGCUGGUCGUCCUGCAGCCCAGAGCGCACGUCGCAGCUGUAUGGCCUGGCCUGCCACCACCUGCAGGUGGGAGACGUGUGUGUGUCGGUCGCACUGCAGCCGCCGGCCCAGCAGCAGCCCCCGCCGUCCCAAGCCAGCACAUACACCAAAGCCAACUCCGCGCCGGGGGUUGUCAGCCAGGCCAUGGGCCCCCCCGCGCCCCAGCAGCCCAGGACACAGCCGCAUUACCGGACGGAGCGCCUCCACCGGGACCGGGAGAAGGGCGAGAGGGACGAGGCCGUGCAGGUAGGCGGCGCUGGGCGCAGUGAGACGCCCCCCAGACCAAAUAGGACUUCAGCGGAGCACGCGAGGAGCCAGAGCAGUUACUAUUUGCACACGGAAGGUCCUGCUCGUGCGGGGGCGGGACCGGGGGCGGGACCGGGG